AUGGUCAAUGAAAAUGACAGAACAUAUUACAACAACGACAACAACACACGUGUGGAUAACAACAACACGCGUUUCACGUGCUUUUGGCCCAAAUGUCAGUUCAGUACACACGAUGAAUACAAUAUAACUAGACAUCAAUUAGUUCACUCAUUGCCCAAACCAUUUGCAUGUGAUGUCGAUAACUGUAAUAAAUUAUUUAAAAGAAAAUCUGAUCUAAAUUCUCAUAAACGUAAAAAACAUCUAAAUAUUGAUCAUAAAUAUAAAUGCAAUUACAGUGAAUGUGAUAAAUCGUAUAUAGCAUUGAAUGAUCUAAAUAAACACAAACGUAUCAAACAUUUAAAUAUACGAUACAAAUGUGAUGUCAAUGAUUGCGGCAAAGAGUUUGGCCAAAGUCAUCAUUUGCUAAGACAUAAAACUAGUAUUCAUUUUAAGAUUAGACCAGAUCAUUCAAUUGAAUUGCAAUUUCGCUGCAAUUACGACGAUUGUGACAAACAUUUUGGUAGUAAAAAUGAUUUAGAAAAACAUAUAAAUAGUGUUCAUCUGAAGAUAAUUUCCAAACGAUUCAAAUGUGAUGUCGACGGUUGCGAUAAAAGAUUUGUUAGCAAUUCGUAUCUAUUGAAACAUAAGUUAACCCAUUCAGACAUUAAAUUGUAUAAAUGUGAUGUCAAUGGAUGCGAUAAAAGUUAUUCAUCAAAUCGAUCGCUUACUCUUCACAAACAUUAUAAACAUUGA